AAUUAGAUAUGUCGACAUAUCCUGUUGAAAGCAUUAGAAACUUCAGUAUUAUAGCUCACGUAGAUCAUGGCAAAAGUACACUAGCAGACAGAUUGUUGGAAAUUACAGGAACAAUUGCUAAAACUGAUCAUAAUAAACAAGUGUUGGAUAAACUGCAAGUGGAACGUGAAAGAGGAAUUACAGUUAAAGCACAAUCUGCAUCUCUCUUUUACAGUCAUGAAGGAGCCAACUACCUCUUGAAUCUUAUUGACACGCCAGGCCACGUAGAUUUCAGCUAUGAAGUUUCACGGUCGCUCUCUGCCUGUCAAGGUGUCUUACUUGUAGUGGAUGCAAAUCAGGGUAUUCAGGCUCAGACGGUGGCAAACUUCUAUCUUGCUUUUGAAGCACAGCUUGCAAUAAUUCCUGUCAUAAAUAAGAUUGACUUGAAGAAUGCAGACCCUGAAAGAGUUGAAAAACAAAUAGAGAAGCUCUUUGAUAUCCCUGUAGAUGAAUGUGUAAGGAUUUCUGCUAAACAAGGAACAAAUGUUGAAAAAGUUCUUCAAAAGGUCAUUGAGAAGAUUCCACCACCCCAGUGUAAUACUGCUGAUCCACUGAAAGCUUUAGUAUUUGACUCCACCUUUGACCACUACCGAGGUGUUAUAGCUAACAUUGCACUCUUUGGUGGGGAGAUUCAGAAAGGGCAUAAAGUUGUGUCUGCGCACACAAAGAAAAGAUACGAAGUUCAUGAAGUUGGAAUUCUGACUCCAAAUGAACAGCCAACGCAUAAGUUAUAUGCUGGACAGGUGGGCUACCUGAUUGCUGGAAUGAAAGAAGUGACAGAAGCCCAAAUAGGAGACACACUGUUUUUGUAUAAACAGCCAGUGGAGCCUUUGCCUGGCUUUAAGUCAGCGAAGCCAAUGGUUUUUGCAGGAAUGUAUCCUGUAGAUCAAACAGAAUAUAAUAAUCUCAAAAGUGCUUUAGAAAGGCUGACAUUGAAUGACUCCAGUGUCACUGUUCAUCGUGACAGCAGCCUUGCCUUAGGAGCUGGAUGGAGGUUGGGUUUCCUUGGUCUUUUACAUAUGGAAGUUUUUAAUCAACGUCUCGAGCAAGAGUACAACAUGUCUGUUAUUGUAACUGCACCUACAGUUCCAUAUAAAGCUGUUCUUUCCUCAGCAAAGCUGAUAAAGGUAUGUUAAAUUUAAUCCAGCUUUAUGUAAAUAGCAUCUUAAAAGCCUCCUAUAAGCAUCCACACGUUGUUUGUUUUUUUUUUAAUGUUGACUAGUACUUUAUUUUGUGGUAAACAUUAGAAACACUAAUAUCUAACUUAAAACUUUUUUUAAUGCACUUUUUUAAAAAGAAUGUUAACUCCCCCUUCCCCUUUCCAUUUCAGGCACUUUUCUUUUUUGCAUCUUAUACCUGUCCUUGAAAAUGGUCAUAAAGGACCCAUUUCUUGCUGUAUUGUGUUAAGUGCAUACUGACUGGACUGACUUUAAAGCAGGGGCAAUAAUCUUCCAGGUGUUACCAGUCAGAAAACAUUAACAUUUUUAGAAAGAGUUUGUAAUGCUGCUGUAGGCUGGCAGGGGCUGGUGAAGACAAGUGAGUUUUUGAUCAGAGUGAAAUAGGCAUGUGCAAACUUUAUUGAAAAGGGUGCAAAAAAAUAAUUGCUUGAGUUUGAGAGUGAGAGGUGAACUUACAAGCACCUGCUGAAAGGAGGCUGCAAAUACCCUGGCUCAUUAUUAUCUAACAUGUAACUCUAAACACUACAGAAAAUCUGUAAAUUCCAAACAGUUUGUGUAAGAACGUUGCUGUACUUGCAAGGUGUAAGGCAUAGACCCUUUUUCUCUCCAGUUGUUUUGGUUUCUCCCUUAGGCAGUGUAGCAGCUAUGAAUGAAGUAGUUGACACCUUUGGUGCGGGGAUCGCUGAUGUGGGACACUGAUUUCAAACAGUGCUUGGAAGUUGAGUCAUUAUUCAAGAACACUGUCUUGUCAGUGGACGUGAUACCAUCACUUGCUUUGGUGUAUGUGGGAGAAUGUAUGUACAUGAUAAAAAGCAUGACCUUCCUUUUAUUCUUACUUCAGAAGGAUAACUGCAGCCCUAUUGGGAUGUUGGACUACAAGAAAUACUUGAAAGCACUUGCACAGGAAGUGAAAACUUAAAUUUCCAGGCCCACUUUGGCCUGUAAGGGAGCUUGAACCCUAAGUUCUAUUUAGAGAACAAUUUCCUCAUCACCAAACUGCAGAAUACUUGGAGCAGGUCUUUUGUUGAAGCUGUGCCUUACACCUUAUAGGAUCAGGAUGGAGUAAGAAGGAAGGUGCAUGCUCUACAGGCAAGGGAGAGAUGACAAAUGGACAGAAAGGCUUUUUUUAUUUCUAUGGAUAACUCUAGGUGGUAGUCCUAGUUCUAAGCACUUUUAAAGUUCACUGGAUAAAAUGCUUAAAAAAACAUUUUUCUAGUGAAAAUAAUUCCUAUACUUUCUAUAUAAUAAUAUUUAAAGAUAUGCUGAUCAGGGAUUUCUGUAUGUGAUAUAGAAAUCUGUUAAAAUUGUGCUUGGUAUAAAAUUGGGUUACAUAAUUGACAAGUGUUUCCAAGCAACUGAAACACUUUUUAGCCUUUUUCAAUGCUGUUUUUGUCUCCUUUUCUACUCAGUCAUCUUAUUUAUAAAAUUACGGUAUCUGUUUUUUUGGGUUUUUUUUUCAGGAGUAUGGUAAAGCAGAGAUUACUAUUAUCAACCCUGCUCAGUUUCCUGAUAAACUUUCAGUAUCUGAAUAUUUAGAGCCAACUGUUCUUGGUACUAUUGUAACACCUCAGGAAUACAU